CCAAUAUCCACAACACUUUCUUAUUUCCAACGGAGUUCCUUUUUGGGGAUGCCACGUUGGUACCUGGGUGUCGUAGGUCAACUGGGUGUGAGUUCAGCUGCUCUUUUUGUGUGUGUCAAGUUUCGACCAAUGUAGUUUUAGUGCCUCCACCUAUCAAAGAGAGCUUACAAAAGGAUUGGUGUUCAGCGCACAGUCAGAUGUUGAGCGGAUUAAGAGGAUUUCAAGACCUUGUGUCUUAAUAAUAAAAAGCGAUACAGGAUGUCAAGGCCAGAGGAGCAAUUUACGUCUCACAAGAAGCUUCAGGGAUCUAAAUUUAUUGCCACCGUCUAGCCGUUUCAUAAAUUGAGUCUUUGAAUAAUUUGCCUUGGAAACCUGGUGUGGAAAAAAAUAGACAGAAAAUUAAGUUGGAACUACACUUGAAAUAAGACAAUAGAAGCCUUUAGAAGAAAAUCGAUCAAAACUGACAACUUUGAGACUUGGAGACAACAAGGGAUGUAGCCUCCAGGAAUGAGGAUCUUUCAAAUACAGUCGAAACAAUGCUAUUGUCGGAGAGGAAUAUAGGCCUUUUAUCAAGGGGGUGUUCAUAAAGCACUACUAUAAUCUGUCAGUGACACAGGACAAGUGACUAUGUUUAGGGUGUGAACAGACACCCCAAGUCAGAGAAGCGGGACGGUGCGAGAGGCUGUGAAGUGCACAGCCGUGUGCGCCACCUUGUCCUCCAUCUGAGAGGAGGGUUUAGGGUGAAGGGAAGGUCAAGCAACCACUUCUUCAUGCUGUCUGCAACUUAGACACAUGCCAAAAUAACUUCAAAGACGGAUGCCCGGCAUACACAAAAUGAGAAGAGGGGGACCCGGCUCGCAGGCAGAAAACAACACCACGGUUGACAGUUGCGACCAACAUCAAGAGUCCAGAAGAUCCUGACUAACAGGAUCCUGAUUCUAACACAGAAGACAGCAGCAGACUGUAUGAGGAUUGCCCUGCAACAUGAAACUCAGUGUAGUUCUGCUGCUGUGUAGCUGCUGUGCGCUCUUUAAACAGAACUGUGAAGCUCAAGCUACAUUACCCUAUGUAGAAACAUCUCUAGCACCUUCAGUCAGUAACUGCACGUGUGAAGUUGGCCACGGAAAAUGUGCUGAAAACAGCGGAUGCAGGUGUGACCCGGGUUGGGGUGGACCGCGUUGUGAUGACUGUGUGCAAAUGCCCGGAUGUGUCCACGGCACCUGUCAUCAGCCCUGGCAGUGCACCUGCAUCGAUGGGUGGACGGGGCGAUUCUGUGACAAAGAUAUAUAUGUGUGUUCCAGAGAGGAGCCCUGUAAGAACGGAGCCACCUGUGUUAUGAAUGACUCGGGGGAAUAUCAGUGCUUCUGUCCUGAAGGUUUUCAUGGACGGGACUGUGAAUUGAGAACGGGACCUUGCCAAAAGACAAAGUCCCCCUGUAAGAAUGGUGGUCUGUGUGAAGAUCUGGGAGGUUACGCUCCAGAAUUGUCUUGUCGAUGCCUGGUUGGCUUCACGGGGCCCCGCUGUGAGACCAACAUGGAUGACUGCCUAAUGCGCCCCUGUGCCAACGGCGCCACCUGUUUGGAUGGCGUGAACCGCUUUUCCUGCCAGUGCCCUGCGGGUUUCACCGGCCGUUUCUGCACCAUCAACCUGGAUGACUGCGCCAGCCAGCCCUGCCACAACGGAGGACGGUGCAUAGAUCGAGUCUCGGCCUACCAGUGUGUCUGCCCUCCAGGUUACACCGGAAGGACUUGUGAGGUUCCCCUCUGGGAAACAAAAGAGCUCCCUUCAUUUAGAGGUGCCCAAAGCUGGGGUGGAGCCAGUAGCGUAACGCAGAGCAAAUCCGCUCCCAGAAAUCACUCCCAUGUGACCACCGCCAGCGGAGAUGUGAGACGCUUGUUUAAAAUUUCAGUGAAGGAGGUGGUGACUCAACACGGGCCUGCUGGGCUUUCAGAGUUGCAGCUCAUCGUUCUGCUGGUGUUGGGCGGCAUGACUUUGGCCGUGGUGGCUCUAACAGCUGGUCUGGUGCUACGAGGACAUUGCCAGGACCGAUCCGCUCACUGCCAGUGCAGACCACCCCCCGCCCACAAUUUCCCAUUCCAUCGGUGUCGGACGCAGAGGCCGCGGCUGGUGCCGAUACUGGUGCAGCAGGAAUGCAAAAUAAGUUUCCUUCAGUCUCAGACACCACCUGACCUUCAGAAGAAAAGGCUGAACACGAACAUCAUUUAGAGGGGUAGGAUAUGAACCGAUGAUUGGCAAGAAAAAGAAAUCGGUCUUGUUGAAGUAAGAAAGACACUUUUGACAUUAAUGUCCAUUAGUGGCCACUCAACAUACAGUACAAGUAAGUAUGAGUUGCUUGCUGGUGAAAGGACACCAUGGAGUGGUCAUUACCAGUGAUUACAUUAGAAAAAAACUUUUUUUAAACAGAGAUGCCACAAAUGAGGCAUGCACUGCUGAGGGAACACUAGACAAGUCAAAAUUAUAUCAAAACUAAACCUGUGUUUACUAUUCUUAAAAUCACCCAACAUGCCCUUUGUGACUGAUGUCACUGUCCUCAUAUUUUAAAGUCCCUCCAACCAUUUGAUAAAUCAAAUCAAUCACUGAGGGAUUAAAAGUAAACCAUGUCCAACGUUACUUCCUGUAAAGGUCCUAUUUUCAAAAUGAUAUGGGUUGAUGCUUCAUGUUGACUUUGAGGUAACAUGUAGCAUAUGAACUAUUGAUGUGGUCUGUACUCAAAGAGCACUGAACAACUCAAACAUAAACAUAAAUCUUCCAUUGGUUCGAUCAGGACUUUAUGUACUGUAUGUAAAUAGUUUAGGCCACAUGAUUAGAGACACUUUUAGAAUAGAGAGAAUUUUAGAUUUUUCAAUCUCAAAACGCAUUUAUCACAUUGUUUAAAUUGUAAAAUACUGCAACGUGUGUGUAUAUGCCAAGUUUUAUUUUUUGAGAACUGAGUAACGUAUAUGUUUUAUGAAAGGGUAAUUUGUUCCUAUUUACAUAUUGUGAUUCUUCUUUAAGUAGAUAAGAUAGGAAUAUCAAUCAUUUCAAGGGGAUGAUAAUCAACUGUAUUUUCAAGUGUAAAUAUAAUUUAUUUCUGUAUUUAUUGGUGAAAUGUAUAUUUGUUUGUUUUUUUAAAGUGCAUUUUUUAUACAAAACUGUGUUUUUGAAUUGUAAACUGUGGAAACUUGUAUCUUCAUGUCUAAUGCAAAAGCUACAUAAGAGAGACUGGCCAAUGUCCCGGCAUGACUCACCUUGAUAUUAAGCUCAUAAAUGGGUUAAAAUAGCAACAAACAUAAAAGCUGCUAAACAAUCCAGAUUUUUAAAUAAAAUAUUUUCAAAUUGGAA